GGUGUGUUCCUGGAACCUCAGUCAUACUAGCGGCGAUUUGCUCUUGGAGAGUUGAAGGUACUCAAAUCUACGGGUGGCUGUAACCCAGAUCCAUACCAUCAUUCAUUCAUCACCCCAACCCUAAUCGCUAUCAGCCUAAAGGUGAAUUCGUAUUCGUUCAGUUAAUCAAAAUAAAAACCGAUAACUGUACUACUGAUGAACUUCUGAGUUGCAUUUGUGAUGAUUAACACAACAAGAUGGGUGCAAAGCUAAAGCUACCUUCUUCAACUCUGUUUAUAUGGUUAAUCAUCUCCACCUGUGCACUCACUAUCUUCUACUCCAAACUUGUCCCAUCCUCAUCGCCACCCCUGGUACCUUGUAAUCUGUUUGCCGGAAAAUGGGUGAUUGACCCCAACCGUCCACGCCCCAUCUACGACGAGACCUGCCCUUUUCACAGAAACGCCUGGAAUUGCCUUAGAAACCAGAGAGAUAAUAUGGAGGUCAUUAAUUCUUGGAAAUGGGUACCAGAAGAUUGCGAGCUGAAUGAGAUUGAUCCUCUUGAGUUCAUGGGGGUGAUGAGGGACAAGAGAAUCGGGUUUGUUGGGGAUUCUUUGAACGAGAAUUUUCUGGUAAGUUUGUUGUGUAUACUUCGGGUUGCUGAUACGGGUGCCAAGAAAUGGAAGAGGAAAGGGGCUUGGAGAGGGGCUUAUUUCCCCAAAUUCAAUGUCACUGUUGCCUAUCAUCGUGCGGUUUUGUUAGCAAAAUACCAGUGGUCUGAGGGAGAUGAAGUGAAGGGCGUACAUCGUGUAGAUGUGGAUAUUCCCGCAAAAGAUUGGGAGGAUAUUGGCGGCUUCUAUGAUAUUCUCAUUUUCAAUACCGGACACUGGUGGGGCUAUGAUAAGUUUCCGAAAGAGUCACCUCUUGCUUUUUAUCAAGGGGGGAAGCCAAUAGUUCCUGCUCCUGAUAUGUUGGAGGGGCUUCAGAUUGUUGUAAAAAACAUGGCUGCUUACAUACAAAAAGAAUUCCCUAAGACACUUAAAUUUUGGCGCCUGCAAUCACCUAGACACUUUCAUGGCGGUGACUGGAACCAAAAUGGCAGUUGCUUGUUCGACAAACCCCUUGAGGAUUCCGAGCUUGACUUGUGGUUUGACCCCAGCUACAAUGGAGUGAACAAAGAGGCAAGAGUAAUAAACGAGCUGAUCAUUAAGGCACUGCAAGGCACGGAUAUUGAAGUGCUUGACCUGACUCAUUUGAGUGAGUUCAGAGCAGAUGCCCAUCCUGCCAUUUGGUUGGGAAAGAAAGAUGCUGUGGCUGUUUGGGGUGAGGACUGCAUGCAUUGGUGCCUACCCGGUGUCCCAGACACCUGGGUCGACAUCUUGUGGCAACAUGUGCAUUAUAGAUUAGGACAACCGGUUCCUGAGAAUAAGCAUGUUGUUUGAUUGGAUCAAGCAUGGCCUUUACAAGUGUGGAAAGAUGCUUUGUUGACAGGGCCAACUGUACUCAUCAGAUUGUUUGAUGUUCUAGACUCAGAAGAAGAAAGGAUGUAUCAUUUAUUUAUUUAUUGUUAGAUAAUUUAAACUUUCAAUCAUCCGUGUAGUGUGGUGCAUUGAAAUUACUUGCAGCAGCUUUUGUUAGUCCGCUCUUUUCGUUA